AAAUUCCCGUCCACGCGGACUUCAAACCUUCCAUCUCAUCCACCACUCCAUCCUUGUCUCGUCGCACGCGGCUAACCCUUUGCCUCGCCUUCAGCACUUUUUUUUCUCUAAACCCUCAACUUCACAACAUCAACAAUGGCUACCUCCGGCAAGGCCCGCGUCCAGCACCCCGCUCCCGACUUCAAGUGCACCGCUGUCGUCGACGGCACCUUCGAGGAGCUCUCCCUCUCCUCCUACACCUCUCAGGGCAAAUGGCUCGUCCUUGCCUUCAUCCCCAUGGCCUGGACUUUCGUCUGCCCUACUGAGAUCAUCGCCUUCUCCGAUGCCGUUGAGCAGUUCGCCAAGCGCGGUGCCUCCGUUGCCUUCGCCUCCACCGACUCCGAGUACUCCCUCCUUGCCUGGAGCACCGUUGCCCGCAAGGACGGUGGUCUCGGCCACAUCAACAUCCCCCUUCUCUCCGACAAGAACCACAAGCUGUCCAAGGACUACGGUGUCCUGAUUGAGGAGGAGGGUGUCGCCCUCCGUGGCCUGUUCCUCAUUGACCCCAAGGGUACCGUCCGCCAGAUCACCGUCAACGAUCUUCCCGUUGGCCGUUCCGUUGACGAGGCCCUCCGUCUCGUUGACGCCUUCCAGUUCACCGAGAAGUACGGCGAGGUCUGCCCCGCCAACUGGAACCCCGGCCAGGACACCAUCAAGGCCGACCCCGUUGGCCAGAAGGCCUACCUCGAGAAGAAGUACGGCGGUGAUGCCAUGACCCAGUAAACGUCUCGCAGUUACGAAAACACCACACGCGGUGUGCACGAUGCAUAUUACGGCGCACGGGUAGAACUUUAGGCUGUGGCUAUUACAGCCAUACGGCGACAUGAAACCAGCGUUUCUUGCCUGUCAUUUCAGUGUCUGCUGCCUUUUAACACUUAUUGUUUGCAGGCAGCAUGAUAACUCGAGCGAUACCUUGCGGAUACCUUUUACUGCGUAGAUAGGAUAGAUCACAAUACCAUUUUGGGCCCGAAUGGGCUUUGCUGCUAAUAUGACAUUACUGCUGCC